GACCAGGGAAAUACUUACUAAGCUAAAUGGACGGAGUUAGCUUAGUUAUUCUACCAUCUGAAGGGUUUGGUACCGUAUGCAAAAACAAGCAAUAACGACGGUUAACAAGAGUUCCUGUUUUCAUUCAGCUACUGGUGGGAGGAGACUGGGGGAAAAGUAUAAAAGGGGGGAGAGCCGCCUGCUGCAUUGUACUGCGAUCCAGCGAGGAGUCAGUGAAUCACUGCCUUCACAGAGAGAACUAACAGAGCCUUACUGGUUCACAAUGGAGACAGAGAAGGAGAAUACGACACAAACAGCAGAGGAGAUGACAGACAGGGAUUUGUCCGAACAAAUCAAAAGGGUGACAAAGGAGAGUCACAUCCGGGCAGAAAACACAGAGCUGAUGCUGAGCUUCCAGAAGGGACAAGUCACCCUGCCGCAGUUCAAGCUCCUCCUGUGCUCGCUAUAUGAAGUGUACAAGGCCUUGGAGGAGGAGAUGGACAGGAACUGCCACCACCCCAGCGUGGCCCCCAUUUACUUCCCCGCUGAACUGGCCAGACUGGAGGCUGUCGAAAAAGACCUGGCGUACUUCUACGGCCCGGACUGGAGGGAGAAGGUUGUUGUUCCGGCUGCCACUAAAAGAUACUGCCACAGGCUCAGACAGAUCGGUAAAGAAAACCCUGAGUUCCUGGUUGCCCACGCUUACACUCGUUACCUAGGAGACCUGUCAGGAGGACAGGUCCUGGGUCGAAUCGCCCAGAAGUCCAUGGGGCUGAGAAGCAGCGAGGGUCUGUCGUUCUUUGCCUUCCCCGGCGUUUCCAGCCCCAACCGCUUCAAACAGCUGUACCGCAGCCGGAUGAACAGCGUGGAGCUCACUGAGGAGGAGAGAAACGGCGUGCUGGAGGAGGCGGUCAGAGCGUUCGAGCUCAACAUCCAGGUCUUUGAGGAUUUGCAGAAGAUGCUGCUGAGUGCCCCUAAAAACAAGCUGCAGACUUCCUCCACACCGGUGAAGAUGCUCCAGAUCCCCGGAGCCAUCAUCCAAUCAUCUCCGCUGUUCAGGGCGCUGCUGGGACUUUUUGUGGCUGUGGCCACCGUCGGCAUUGGAAUCUAUGCUUUUUAGAGACGAUCACACAGCAGUAAAUCAAAGGCGUUUGUCUGCUGCGGUUAGUUUACUGUUAAGAGCCUGUAAAGGAUCAAAUACUGUAAAAUACGUGUUUUGAUUUGACUGGGAACCUUAUUAUCUAGGUUUGCAUCAAGGUUGAUUUUCUGUCACUGUUUAUCACUGUGCAUGAAGGUGAGCUAAUACUGUAAAUACGCUACUUUUUAAAUAAAAAUAUUUUGUAAAAAACCAAA